GAACGCAGAGGGAAGGAGCAGGCGGGCUCUCCUCAGAGGGCGGAGGCUAACGUUUUUAAACACUUGGUUUGUGCCCAUCCUUCUGAAGGAGGGGAGAAAAAAAAGAGACAGGGGAAAGAAUUAAAACCAAAAAAAAGUGAAAAGUUUCCCGCAAGUUUGAGAGAGCGAGACAGCAGCAAUUCUCUUCAUAACCGAAGCUCAGAAUUUGGAAGUAAAUGGCUAGCUGACACUUUAAGCUCUCCUCCCUUUUGGGUUUAAGUUUUGAGAAAAAUAUUUUUUGGAGUUUUGUGUGUGCAUUUUUGUUUGGACAUUAAUAGAGGUUUGGGGAGGGAGGGGGCUGUGUCCGGCGGGGAGGAUGCGCUGAGGUGGGUCGUCUUCCUCUCCCUUGCGUUUUUUUUUAUGUUUCUUUAUUUUAUAUAUUUAAAAAAAAGUUCUAUAAACAGCCCCCUCCCCAAACCAGUCGGCAGUUCUGAGGAGGAGGUUGUGGAUUUCGGCAGCACCGUCGUCGGCCGAUCCGGAGGAGAGGGAGAGGGAGAGGGAGGCCAAGAUGGCGGCGGAUCCAGUCCAGGGUGAUGGCCGAAGUCACCUAGUCUCUGAGUGUCUGGGCCAGAACUUGGAUCUAUCGGACACCAUGGUGCAACAGAAGCUGGAUGAAAUCAAGGAUUCAAUCAAGCGAGAGAUACGGAAGGAACUUAAAAUCAAGGAAGGAGCAGAGAACCUCAAGAAGGUCACAACUGAUAAAAAGAAUCUAGCCUAUGUGGAAAAUAUGUUAAAAAAGUCAAACAAAAAACUAGAUGAACUUCAUCAAGAGUUGCAGGAGCUGAAUGCGCACAUUGUUGUGAAGGAUCCUGAGUUAGCAGAUUGUCCGCGAACCCCAGAUACUCCCAACCCUGAGUCUACAAAUAAUAGCCGCAUCGCUGCCUUGAAGAAGCAAUUGGAUAUUGAGCUGAAAGUGAAGUUGGGAGCUGAGAAUAUGAUUCAGAUGUACUCAAAUGGAUCCUCCAAGGAUCGAAAGUUAUUAGCUGCAGCUCAACAAAUGCUUCAGGACAGCAAGACAAAAAUAGAAGUGAUUAGGAUGCAAAUUCUUAAAUCGACACAGACUAGUGAAGCAGUCUUUGAAAAUUCAGAUGGAAUAGCAACAAAACCUGUGAUAAGCCCCCUAGAGCUUAGAGUUGAAGAGCUCAGGCAUCACUUCAGAAUAGAGUAUGCAGUGGCAGAAGGAGCAAAAAAUGUUAUGCGACUACUUGGGUCUGGAAAGGUUCCUGACAAGAAAGCACUUUCAGAGGCACAAGCAAGAUUUAAUGAAUCAAGUCAGAAAUUGGAUCUUUUAAAAUACUCCUUAGAGCAAAGACUAAGUGAGCUUCCAAAAAACCACCCAAAGAGCAGUAUUAUCAAAGAUGAAUUGUCAAUGGUUUCAUCACCGGCGCUCAGUCCACGUCACAGUGUGAUUUAUCCACAGAAUCAGUACAGCACUCUAUCCAAACCUGCUGCAUUAACAGGUAGCCUAGAGGUUAGGCUUAUGGGAUGUCAAGACUUGCUGGAGACAGUUCCUGGUCGAUCAAAAAAUACAUUUGUUCCUUUGCCUGGCUGGAGCCCAAAUGAAACCAGGUCCUCCUUCAUAAGCAGAACUAGCAAAGGCAGAAGUGGAAAUAGCCGGUAUCCUGUCAAAACAGAAGAUUUGUCCAAUGAGAUUGGUGCUGUACUGAAGCUGGACAAUACAGUUGUUGGACAAACUAGUUGGAAACCGGUUUCCAAUCAGUCGUGGGAUCAGAAAUUUACAUUAGAGCUAGAUCGGUCGCGUGAACUGGAGAUGUCUGUGUAUUGGCGUGAUUGGCGUUCCCUCUGUGCUGUGAAAUUUCUUCGGUUAGAAGACUUCCUAGAUAAUCAACGGCAUGGAAUGUGCUUGUAUCUAGAGCCACAGGGUACACUCUUUGCAGAGGUAACUUUUUACAAUCCGGUUAUUGAGAGGCGACCAAAACUUCAACGACAGAAGAAGAUUUUCCCAAAGCAGCAAGGCAAAACGUUCCUUCGAGCCCCUCAGAUGAAUAUUAAUAUCGCCACAUGGGGGCGAUUGGUGAGAAGAGCUGUUCCUACCGUGAAUAAUUCUGGCACCUUCAGCCCCCCAGCCUCUAUCCCUGCUGCGGUGCCAGCAGUUUCUCAUUCAGCAAGAAAAGAUUCAACGAACGAUCUACCAGUAACGAAACUAGAAUUUGAACCAGAACCACCACCUGCUCCUCCAAGAGCUUCAUCUCUUGGAGAAAUUGGUGGGACCACAACAGAAGUAAGAAUUCCAGAUAAUGUACAGGAAGCACUCUCAACUUUUGAUUUCCUAAAUGAUAGAAACAAUAUUGUUUCCAAGGUAGAGAACAAUAUCAUUUCUGUGCCUGAGAUACCCCACCCAGAGCUAAACUUUCGAACACUCCCACAGUCAGAAGACAAACGAAUGCAACCAAGAUUCCAGUUCAGUCUUCUGGACUUCAGGUUCUUCUUUCUGAGUACAAAGUCACUGGUGAAAUGUUUGCUAUUAAAGCCUUGAAGAAAGGAGAUAUUGUGGCCCGUGAUGAGGUAGACAGCCUUAUGUGUGAAAAGAGAAUUUUUGAGACUGUGAACAGUGUCAGGCAUCCGUUUUUGGUCAAUCUUUUUGCCUGUUUUCAGACC